AUUGCGGGCCCAGCAGGUCCUAGAACCCGCCGGCUGUCUCCGCGGUUCUGGGCUGCGGACACCCAGGCUCGGCCCGCGCGGCUGCCGGCCCGGUGCGGUGCGGUCUCGGGGGUCCUAGAGCCCGCCAUGUUGUGGGUUUUUGUCCCGGCCGCGCGGCACGCGCUGCAAGAUCCCCGGCGCCGGCAGCCCCCCUCCCCUGACGAGGCCGGGCCACCACUCCCGCGGUCCUAGAGAACGCCAUCUUGCAAGCCUUUGUCCCUCAUUCGGCCCUCCGUCCAUUCAUUUGUUCAUCUCCUCAUCCUUCGUUCAGUCCUCCUUGCCACGUCCUCCGAGGCCACGUUUUCUGAGGCUCAUAACCGGGGUCCUGCCCUCCAGGGGCUGCCUGGCUGGCGGGGGCGCCGCGUACAGACGGUUGCGAGGAGCGAGGAGCUCCGGGUUUCUGCAACUCUUGGCUCCUCGGCGCGCUUCAUAGGCCCCACCGCCCUUCAAACUCCCACAAACUUAAGGGACCCCAUUUUAUUGAUGAGGAAACUGAGGCCCAGAGCGGCGUGGGGCCCUUACCUCUCUACUGCCAUUAAGUAUUCCUGAGGGCACUGGGGAAGGGGGGUUCUUGAAGGAUGUAAAGGGGCUUUCCCGUUGGAGAAGGCAGGCAAGGGCUCCCGAGCCCAGGAAACUGUAUCUAGAGGUGGAGGGUUGAGAAUUGUGGCUGGAGGUUCGGUCGCUGUCGGGAGGAGGACUCUGUCGCUGGAGCUGAGGCUGGAAAAAGAAACCCCGUUCACCAAGGCCAUGGAAGUGGAGGCUGCAGAGGCCCGGUCCCCAGCCCCCGGCUACAAGCGUUCGGGCCGCCGCUACAAGUGCCUAUCCUGUACCAAGACAUUUCCAAAUGCGCCCAGGGCAGCGCGCCACGCUGCCACACAUGGGCCGGCAGACUGCUCUGAGGAGGUGGCCGAGGUGAAGCCAAAGCCAGAGACAGAAGCUAAGGCAGAGGAAGCCAGUGGGGACAAGGUGUCAGGCUCCGCGGCUAAGCCUAGGCCCUAUGCGUGUCCGCUAUGCCCCAAGGCCUACAAGACGGCACCCGAGCUGCGCAGCCACGGGCGCAGCCACACGGGGGAGAAGCCCUUUCCAUGCCCCGAGUGCGGCCGCCGCUUCAUGCAGCCGGUGUGCCUGCGCGUGCACCUGGCCUCGCACGCUGGCGAACUGCCCUUCCGCUGUGCGCACUGCCCCAAGGCCUAUGGCGCGCUCUCCAAGCUCAAGAUCCACCAGCGCGGCCACACAGGCGAGCGGCCCUACGCCUGCGCCGACUGCGGCAAGAGCUUUGCUGACCCUUCAGUGUUCCGCAAGCACCGGCGUACUCACGCUGGCCUGCGGCCCUACAGCUGCGAGCGUUGCGGGAAAGCCUACGCGGAGCUAAAGGACCUCCGCAACCAUGAGCGGUCCCACACCGGCGAGCGCCCCUUCCUCUGCUCCGAGUGCGGGAAGAGCUUCUCUCGCUCAUCCUCGCUCACGUGCCACCAGCGCAUCCACGCGGCACAGAAGCCCUACCGCUGCCCGGCCUGCGGCAAGGGCUUCACACAGCUCAGUUCCUACCAGAGCCACGAGCGCACGCACUCGGGGGAGAAGCCCUUCCUGUGCCCGCGCUGCGGCCGCAUGUUCUCCGACCCCUCGAGCUUCCGUCGCCACCAGCGCGCCCAUGAGGGGGUGAAGCCGUACCAUUGCGAGAAGUGUGGCAAGGACUUCCGGCAGCCAGCGGACCUGGCCAUGCACCGGCGUGUGCACACGGGCGACCGGCCGUUCAAGUGCCUGCAGUGUGACAAGACGUUCGUGGCGUCCUGGGACCUCAAGCGGCACACGCUGGUGCACUCUGGCCAGCGGCCCUUCCGCUGUGAGGAGUGCGGGCGAGCCUUCGCCGAGCGUGCCAGCCUCACGAAGCACAGCCGGGUGCACUCGGGGGAGCGCCCCUUCCACUGUAACGCGUGUGGGAAAUCCUUUGUGGUGUCGUCGAGCCUGAGGAAGCACGAGCGGACCCAUCGAAGCAGUGAGGCCGCGGGGGUGCCCCCUGCACAGGAGCUGGUGGUGGGGUUGGCGCUGCCUGUGGGCGUGGCAGGUGAGAGUUCAGCCGCCCCGGCAGCAGGGGCGGGGCUAGGGGACCCUCCAGCAGGGCUGCUAGGGCUGCCCCCGGAGUCAGGUGGUGUGAUGGCCACACAGUGGCAGGUGGUGGGCAUGACGGUGGAGCAUGUGGAAUGCCCAGAUGCUGGUGUCCGGGAGGCUCCGGGUCCCUUGGAAGGGGCAGGCGAGGCGGGGGCUGAGGAGGCUGACGAGAAGCCCCCCCAGUUUGUGUGCCGAGAGUGCAAGGAGACCUUCUCCACAAUGACGCUGCUGCGUCGGCACGAGCGCUCACACCCGGAGCUCCGGCCCUUCCCCUGCACCCAGUGCGGCAAAAGCUUCUCUGACCGGGCUGGGCUGCGCAAACACAGCCGCACUCACAGCUCAGUGCGCCCCUACACCUGCCCCCAUUGUCCCAAGGCCUUCUUGAGUGCCAGCGACCUGCGCAAGCAUGAACGCACCCACCCUGUGCCCAUGGGGACCCCCACACCCCUGGAGCCCCUGGUGGCUUUGCUAGGAAUGCCUGAAGAGGGGCCGGCCUGAAGCCCGUGAGCCCCCAGCACCAUACUCCAGGAGCCCAGCCCCCAUCGGGGGCUUCCUGUACCUCCUUUUGCCUGGCUCUGCUCUUUAGACUCCAGAUCCCUACCCCUCAGCAACUAGCUCACCUGUCACCCAGCUAAGAGAGCUGGGACAGUGGAGGCUGGCAGAAGCUGAGACGUGACUGUCUAGGAGUAACACUCAUUAAAGCUUUCAUUUUGGCA